AUGGGAGCCUGUGCCACCAAGCCAAAGGUGUUGAAGGAGGGGGAGACUCCUGAGCUGGUUAAGGAGGAAGCUGUGGUGGCAACAGGCGGCGACGACGUUGUAGUCAAGGUUGUUGCCGUGGAGGAAGAGGAAAAGAAGGUUGUUGUUGAGAAAGAUAUAGGUGAUGUUGGUGCUGAUAAUAAUACUGUGGAGGUUGAGAUUGUUGAUGAUAGCAAUAAGAGACGAUCUUUAAGUAAUUUGUUCAAAGAGCUCAUUGUAACAUGCUUAUUUUGUUUGUUGGGAUAUGAUAAAGCAAUAAAGUUAAAAGCUUUAGAUUCUUUGGAUUGGAAAGUCUGGUAUAAGAAAGAAGAAGGAAAGGAGCAGAAAGAAAGUGACAAAGCAGUACCAGCAGAAGCAGAGAAAUCAGAAACAUUAGAAGCUGAAAAACCUGCUGAGCCAGCAGUGCUGAAAGAAGAACCAUCGACAGUGAGAAGUGGCAAAGCACCAGCAGAACCAGAGAAAUUAGAAACACCAGAAGCUGAAAAACCUGCUGAACCAGCAGUACCGAAGGAAGAACCAUCGACAGUGAAGGAGCAAUCUGUGGAAAGUCCUGAGGAGCUGGUAAAACAAGAUAAAGUAGUAACUGAAGAAACUGUAGCGGUAGCUGAACCAGAAACUGUAAAAUCUGAAAUUCCAGCUGAACCAGUGCCAGUUUCGGAAACUGUCAAUGCUCCUGUAAAGGUAGAUACAGAGAAAGUAAUAAGUGAAGUCACACCAGCAGCAGUAGAGACCAAAACUACUGCAACAGUAGAGGAGAAAAAACCUGAAGAGACUAAUCAUCAGACAGGAUCAUUGGAGUUUCAGGGGAAAGGCUGUGAUGAGGUGGUUGCCAACUUGCUAUAG